AUGGUGAUGCCAACCUACAAGGCGUCAAAGCAGUUGCUGAUUAAAGUCACCAAGAAGCCCAGAGAAAAUCCUGCAAGCACAGCUGUUCCACUUACACUGACCCAGAUCCACCCUUCCACCAGGAUCUCAUCCAAGGCCAUGAGUGUUAUGGAUUCCUUCGUUGUCGACAUUGUUGAGCGCAUCGCCUCCGAGGCUUCUCACCUCAUUCACUACAACAAGCGCCACACCAUCUUGGCCAGGGAGAUCCAGAGCACCCGCCUCAUGCUGCCAGCAGAACUGGCCAAACACCCUGUCUCCGAAGACACCAAAGCGGUCACCAAGUACAACUCUGUUUAG